AUGGCAAAGAAGUACAUGAUAUUUUGUGUGAUGAGGCAUGAUGGAAUAAGAGGUGACGGUGGCCGAUACUCCAUGCGAGGUCAUGCUCCAGGAGUAGCACCAUCAAGUCCUCAACCAAAUGUUAAGAGACCUCCGUUCAGAGCUGGUGCAGCUCCAUUAAGAACUGGCACAAACAUUGCCCAGCAGAAAGAACAGGAGAUGAAUGCUUGGCUUCGUCGGAAGGAUUAUAAUCCAAUGAAGGCUGCCGCAGAGGCUAGAAAAGCGAAAGAACUGAAAGCCAGCGAUUCUAAUCUUUCCGUAUUAUCAAAUAGCAGCGACACCGAACGAGGAGAACAGUUCGUGUCAAAUCGCUCGAUAUCCUUCCAUGUUGGUCCAGUUGCGGGCAAGCCGGCUAAGGCUCUCAACAGCAGAAUUUUGCAGAAACAAGGGUUCGGAGAAAUUACGCGCAACAGAUCUCAAGAGUCGUUGGCCGUUGAGGAAGCUGAACACGCCAGUCAACGAGUACUAGCCGAGUAUUCUCGCGGAGUUGUGCAAGACAUCACACGUCUCUCUCAGCAGAGCAGUCGCGCUAGUGGAAAGCAACUGAGCGGUUUAGCGCGUGCUGUGGACAUGUUGUCGCAAAAAUGUAAAAAGAGUAUAGAGCUGAUACGGUCGCAAAACAAAGGCUGUCUGUCGGUUUCUGUGGAAGAUCUCCUAGCAGCAGCUGCUGAUCCUCCUCGUAAGGGUGAAACUCUCAACGAGCAGUUGGACAGACUCUCAGAUGCGUUCGACGCUGUCCAACGCUACCUCGAGCAGUACUCGCUCGACGGCCAUCAGUCCCCGAUUCCGGAUUUCACUGAUGACGCAUCUGAGAUCCAAUCAGUUGCGAGUUCAUUCACUGCGCAUAGCUCUCAUUCUCGGCAAGAAACUGCAUCUCCUAGGCAAAACAAAGCUUCGCUGCCUAUUCGUCCAAGAAGAUCAACCACCCCGCUCUCGACUACACAAGAAUGA